AUGUUCUCUUGCGUCUCCAAUAGCUUUGGCCUGUUGGUGAGCCGCGGCGUUAGGGAAACCCUCGCCGAAACCAUCAAAGUCCUCAAAUGCGGUGAUCUUUCCGGGUCUACCUCCUGGGCGGGCAUUUUAUGGUGGGGCAUCCUUGCGGUGGCAGCCGUUCACAAGUUCGUCCCCGACGCGCCCGAGACGCCAAACAUCAAAAAGAUAUUUCCAGAAGAUGACUGGUGUAGCACAGCUAGCGCAAAUGCCCGGCCAGAGUCGCCCGAGUUUGUGGCCGUCGUUCCCCGAAAGGUACACCUUAGCUCCCAAAAUUCCUGGGGAUGA